AUGAUAGUUGUACAAGAUGAGAUCCUCACUCCCCACCACCACUGUGGCAGCCAGGAGGAAUGCAAGGAACUUGUUUCCAUUGUUUUGCAGUCAUCCAACUCUCUGAAGGCAUCUUAUGAAGACUGGCUGCUGUCAUAUGGCUUGAGUGUCUCUCCUUUUCACAUGCGAUGGCAAACAGCUCUCUUCAACCGCCAGUUCUACAACUGGGGGAGAUGGAAGCCCAGAUUUCUCUAUUUAUGGUUCAGCAUAGGAAUGGUGUUUGGUAUAGUUGCCAUGUUUGGCUCUGUUAUUCUUCUUGGAAAGACACUGAUGCAAACACUGACACAGAUGCUUACUGAGGCACCGAAAGCCCAGAAUGAUCGUAUGCUGCAAGUUGUGGUGCCUGGUGUAAAUUUGCCAGUCAGCCAGCUGACCUAUUUCUUCUCUGCAAUCCUCAUCAGUGGUGUGAUACAUGAAGUCGGCCAUGGGGUGGCAGCUAUUCGAGAACAAGUACGAUUUAAUGGAUUUGGGAUUUUUAUCUUCAUUGUCUAUCCUGGAGCUUUUGUAGACCUCUUCACAACCCACUUACAACUGAUAUCUUCAGUGCAGCAAUUAAGGAUAUUUUGUGCAGGAGUGUGGCAUAAUUUUGUUCUUAGUGUUGCAAGCUUCAUGGUGUUGUUUCUGCUGCCAGCCAUUCUUUUCCCUUUCUAUUACACGGGUGUUGGGGCACUUGUCACUGAGGUUGCAGAGGAUUCUCCUGCCAAUGGGCCACGAGGUCUUUUUGUAGGAGACCUUGUCACUAACCUACAAGAUUGCCCCGUUUAUAGUGUGGAAGACUGGAAUUCCUGUCUGGGAGACAUUUCAGAGAAGUCACAGGUUGGCUACUGUGUAAGUGCAGCCACCCUACAGCAGUUAAGCUUUCCAGCUAGAGUCUAUAGAAGACUCGAUGGCACGGUUGAAUGUUGUAGUAACAACAGUCUCACAGACAUUUGCUUUUCCUAUAGCAAUAACUUGGACAGCCACUUGUAUGCCUGUCUGCCAGCACGAAAAGUUAUUGAGGCCAGCAAAGUUUGUCGAAGCAACAUGGACUGCCAGAAGGACUUUGUUCCAAGCUUUUGUGUGACUCCUUCUUUAGAGAACCAAACAAGGCUAAUAAGGGUGAAACAUCCACCCCAUAUUGACAUGUUGUUUGUAGGACACCCCAUGCAUCUUCAGUACACAGUAAGUCUCAGCAGUUUUGUACCACGACAAAACUUCCUAAGCAUUGAUCUCCCUGUGGUGAUAGAGACAUUUUGCAAAUACCUAAUUUCAUUGUCAGGAGCACUGGCAGUUAUCAAUGCUGUACCCUGCUUUGCUUUGGAUGGACAGUGGAUAUUAAAUUCAUUCCUGGAAGCCACUCUGAGCUCCCUGAUUGUAGAAAAACAAAACCGAGAGCUUGUUGGCUUUUUAAUUUUGCUUGCUGGUAGUGCACUUUUGGCUGCCAAUGUUGCACUGGGACUUUGGAUGGUGACAGCACGAUAG